AAUAGUCAUGGAAUCUAAUAAGAGGAAUAGUGUUAAUAAUAAUAGCCAGAACUACCAACAAGAACAAUUUCAAUUUGAAGAGGAACAUGAACAGGAACAAGAUCAAGAAGCAGCAUGUUAUGAAGAAGAAGAAGAAGAAGAAGAGGAAGAUCAAGAUGAUGAAAAAAAUAAUGAGAUCCUCAAGAGAAGAAUCUCUAAUCACCCUCUCUAUGGACUCUUGGUUGAAGCUCACUUGGAGUGUUUGAAGGUUGGUGACAUAUCGAACUUGGACAGACAGCUGAAGAUAGAUCCAAUACAAGCAAUGAAGCAACAAAACUUGAACAUGUUCAGCCAAUCAGAGCUUGAUAUCUUCAUGGAAGCAUAUUGCAUGGCACUUGGGAAGCUGAAAAAAGCAAUGGAGGAACCGCAACAGAAGUCAAUGGCUUUCAUAAACAACAUGCAUUCACAACUCAGGGAGCUGACCACCAAGGCCACCGCCAUGCCUCCUCCUUCUGAAGCUUCUGGUGCUUCUUCAAGUAGUGACUGCAAGUUCAGAAGAAACCCUAAUAUCUAGACAUGUUUAUAACUUUAAUUAAUUUCUCAGCCUUGUGCGUGUGCCACCACUGUAAUAUUUCUAAA